GUAAUUUAAAUUUCAUUUUCCGAUUAACAGCCCAUAGAUCAGCGUUAAAUGGGUCCGUUUUUAAGUUAAUAUCACUAUAAGGACGUCCGAUGACAAUAUCUGUAGUUAGGAAAUAGCUGCUUCCACAACCUACGCAAGACUGAAUCAGUUGAAUUACACCCACAGUAGCCUACAGUGUUUACAGUUAACCUGUUGGUAUACGCUACAACUGCUGCUCGCAAAUAUUUCCAGACAAACAUGAAAUGACAUUUUAAAACUCUUCUGCUCGCAUUUCCCGUAUGCACCGAGGCACAUUUGCUUAGGCUUCAUACAACAACAAAAAAACGGUAAUCGUUUUCGGUAAAAACUCGCAAUAAAACUUGAGAUCCCGACUACGCGAUGACGUCAUUCGAGUUUCCUGCCUGCCGUCGAAUUGUUGUGCCAGCGAGCCUCCGCCCCCAAUCGUGCCAUUGACAGGAGUUCGGGAUUCGGUGGCUGGCGGUAGCAGAAGAGCUCGCUUACUUUUCGCCGUCAGCGAGGUCGCUUGUUUGUUAUCUUCGCUUGGAUCCGGGAGCGUGGCUGUGAAUGUGUAGAAGCUGGGAGCCGCUUCUCUUGCGCGGCUCACUGUACAUGGGAGUGUUGGAAAAGCGAGGGGAGAAGGUGUAAUCCGCGCUCAGGUGAAGCCGCCAUGAGUGAGGGGGAGGGGCAGUUCUACAGCGUGCAGGUGGGCGACUCCACCUUCACCGUGCUGAAGAGGUACCAGCAGCUCCGCGCCAUCGGGUCCGGAGCCCAGGGCAUCGUGUGCUCCGCUCUGGACACAGUUCUGGGCGUCCCCGUGGCGGUGAAGAAGCUGAGCCGGCCGUUCCAGAACCAGACCCACGCCAAGCGGGCCUACCGCGAGCUGGUGCUGCUGAAGUGUGUCAAUCACAAAAAUAUUAUUAGGCUUAUCAACGUCUUCACGCCACAGAAGUCUCUGGAGGAAUUCCAGGAUUUGUACCUGGUGAUGGAGCUGAUGGACGCCAGCUUGUGCCAGGUGAUCCACAUGGACCUGGACCAUGAGAGGAUGUCCUACCUGCUGUACCAGAUCCUGUGUGGCAUCCGACACCUGCACUCAGCGGGCAUCAUACACAGGGACCUGAAGCCCAGUAACAUCGUGGUGAAGUCGGACUGCACGCUGAAGAUCCUGGACUUCGGAUUGGCCAGGACGGCCUGCACUAGCUUCAUGAUGACCCCGUACGUGGUGACCAGAUACUACCGAGCGCCGGAGGUCAUCUUGGGCAUGAAGUACAAGGAGAACGUGGACAUCUGGUCUGUGGGCUGCAUCAUGGGAGAGAUGGUGAAAGGGAGCGUCAUCUUCCAAGGAACAGACCACAUAGACCAGUGGAACAAGGUGAUUGAGGUGCUGGGCACGCCCUCGCUGGAGUUCAUGAGCCGGCUGAUGGAGACCGUGCGGAACUACGUGAUGAACAAGCCGCAGUACCCCGGGCUCAACUUCACCGAGCUCUUCCCUGAUUGGGCGUUCCCCUCCGAGUCCGAGCACGACAAGAUCAAGACCAGUCAGGCUCGGGACCUGCUGUCCAAGAUGCUGGUGAUCGACCCCGAGUGCCGGAUCUCUGUGCAGGAGGCCCUGAAUCACCCCUACAUCCACGUUUGGUACGACCCGGCGGAGGCAGAUGCGCCUCCUCCGCAGAUCUCGGAUAAACAGCUGGAGGAGAGAGAGCACACCAUCGAGCAGUGGAAAGAACUGAUCUAUGAAGAAGUGAUGGACUGGGAAGAGAGAAACAAGAAUGGAGUGAUGAGAGAAGACUGUGGAGACGCAGCGGUGAACAGCAGCACCACGCCCUCCCAGUCGUCCUCCAUCAACGACAUCUCGUCCAUGUCCACGGAGCAGACUCUGGCCUCCGACACCGACAGCAGCAGCAUCGACGCCCUGUCGGGGGUGCUGGAGGAGUGCCAGUGAGCCCCGCCCCGCCCCGCCACGGCCCGAUCUGGCCAGACCCCCACCCCCUCUCCCCCCACCGCCACCUCUUCCUCAGUGCCACCCUCCUCUUGCUCUUCUUCCUCUUCUUCUUCACCACCCUGCCCUUUCACCCGUCACUCCAGUCUUCGCCCCCCCCCCCCCAAACCAAACCCCGCCCCCAUCUGUCCCCCGCCCUAUAGCAGGAGAGGGGGUGUGGCACGCCCCCCCCUCCCCUCGUCUGCACAUGUUGCGUUCCACACGAGAGACCCCCCCCACCAGAGCGGCUCGGCCACGCGGCUUUGGCGGGAAAACGGAGAGGAGGAGGAGGAGCCGAGGCGACUUCACCGCCACAAAACAGAACUCCUGUUUCUAUGACGAUUCAGAAUUCUGCCCAUUUCAAAUCGCCCAGAGACUGGGGCCUCAUCAUCUUCUUCUUCUUCUCCUUCUUCUUAUUCUUCUUUUUAACGGCGGAAAGGUUUGGAAGUGUGGGGACUCGGAGUAUUGUUCGGAGUAUUCUCUCACCUCCACGGUGGACUGUGCUCUAGCGUGUGAAUCGCGGGGAUUAGCGCUGCGGUCGAGUGCGUGAGAGAGUCCGGCUUAGCCGGGUCCCGUGAGGUGGUGCUGCUGUCCGACGGAUUAGCGUCUCGCUCUCUUAAACGAGCAGCCGAGGCCCAUUCUCCCUCCUGGAGCUAGGGGGCGCUGGAGUUCGACCGAAGGGAAAAAUCUCUGUUUUAAUAUUUAAUUUUAUUCCUCGUUUCGCGGGAGGCCAGCGGUUCUGCGUUCGGACAUUUCCUUUCUCCCGCGGGACUUUUCCGCUUGAGCCGCACGAGGGACGAGCGGAGAGGCGGCGAAACGCCGGACGAACGAGCAAACUGUCAAUCAGACAAAAGCCCCUCCCCUAACCCCGCCCCCCCCCCAACCCGCAGCGGUGGGGGGAAAAAAAACACCGGUCUUCUGCUGCUAUCUCCUCCUUGUCUCUGCAUGCUGUCGAACAAAGAGAAAUAAACAAGAAAAUAGAAACCAGUCGAUGAAAUGCACCAGAAAAUGCCUGUUUUCCCCCUUUUAACACGUAUUGAGAUAAAGAAAAAAAAAAACGCUUUUCGUUCCUGUAGAUAGCAGUAUUGAGUAUUCCUGUAAAAUAUUAUCACGAUCGUCCAUUCGGACCUGAACGCCUCAUGUCUCUGACCUGCAGGAGGUGGCAGGGGUUCCAGUGUGGUGUAAUUUUCUAUAGAUGAUUUGUGUGUGUGUGUGCGUCGAUAUCAUGUUGUGGAUAACGCUAACUGUCGGCCGCUCUUGAGCGCUUCGAGAAGCACGUGUACUGUACCCCGAUGUAAACAUGUCCAUUUAUCAUACGUGCGUUUUUAUAUUGACUGUCCACCUCUCUGUCAAUCAAAUCAGUGUUGAAAGGUACUAUCAGUUAUCAUCAGUUAUGAUAAAAUUAUGAAUUAUUAUUCAAAGGUCGUUUUUGGACUCUUAAGGAUCUAAAGGAAAACAGGAAAAUCCCACUGCAGUGUUCUGAGAAGUCUGAAAAUACAUCACGCGCAUCGCUGGUAUUGUUGUCUCUCAGUCAUUCCACGGUUAACUGUAUUGGUGGAAGAUAAAUAAAUAUACACACGUUUGGGGAUGCAAAAUAAUUCUGGGCCUAUGAGCACAGGUAUCAACCAACUUGUGAUGGAAAAAUGUAUAUGCACAACUGAAUAAUUCAGCCUGCGUGCUUUAUUGUAAAGCAGAGAGUAAAAGUCCGUGAUGCAAAACUAGGUACUGUCGGUUAGGUUUAGAGAACAAACUUUAAAAAAAACCUCAAAAACUUUUCACGGUGGGGAAAAAAAUCCCACGCAGCUGAAAUUUUCACUUCAACAAAUGCGUCAUCGUGUCGAGCCGUCCGGCCUCGGCAGGUCUAUUUCGAGCCGGUAUCGGCUGACGCUGAUACAGACCCAGGAUUAUUGGGCGUCCCUGUAUGUCGCUGACCGUCGGUCCUGUUCCUGCAGAGUCAUAGUCUCCGGGCUUUCGUUUUCUCCUUGAGAUCGACAGCUGAUUCAGGCUCAGGAAACCGGGGGACCUGACUGAGGCUUGUAAUCAGCAGUUUUCACUGGUUAGUCGCUGUGCCGCUCAAGUGCUGAGUCACAGCGAAAGCCCAGCAGGCCCUGCGGCUCUCCGGGACCAGGACUGAGGAGCACUGCUGUGUAUCAGUUGAGGAAAUGCGUGAUGGUAAAGUGUGCGGUAGGUUUUCGCUUAAAAUGACCCAGGUUGGGAGAGGUUUGGAUGUAUGGCGUUUCGGCAGCAUCGAGUCCUUAGAAGCGGGAGCCCUAAAAACAAACCCCCCGCCCCCCCUCUUGAUUCAUCAGUUGAAUGUACAUUCCCUCAGGGUCAAAGUUCACACCAUGUAUCUUUGCGAUUCCAGUUCCAGAUCCAUAUCAGUGACACAGACUGACCCAGGAGGGACAAUUGUAAAAAGGCAGGAUUAAAAAAAUAAUAGAAUUUUCAAAAAAAAAAAAAAGUAGAAAUUUGUUUAAAAUCAGGGUUGAAAUGAUGGAGUAUGGUAACUUCAAGCUACGGAAAAGUUUUAACGAAAAAGGCUCCUACUUGUAGUGUAAUCUCAUUCUACAAGUGUCCUAAUUUCUGUGUGGACAGCUCUUUUACCUAUUCUGCCAUUUUGUUGUUGGAAACAGAAUAUAACCUAGGUCUAUAUUUUGGGCCUAAUGCGCUGUUAGAUAUCUUGCUAGUGUAUGCUUGUAAUUUAGCUGACCUGCUAGUGUAUGCUACUAAUUUAGCUAACUUGCUAGUGCAUGCUAGUAAUUUAGCUGUCGUGCUAGUGUAUGCUACUAAUUUAGCUAACUUGCUAGUGCAUGCUAGUAAUUUAGCUGUCGUGCUAGUGUAUGCUACUUAUUUAGCUAACUUGCUAGUGCAUGCUGGUAAUUUCGCUACCUUGCUAUUGUAUGAUAGUAAUUUAGCUGUCAUGCUACUGUAUGCUAAUGAUUUAGCUUUUCUUGUAACACGUUAGCAGUUCAGCUCUCGUACAGCGGCUGCAUGGCAAAAAUACAGUCUUGCGUCAACACGGGUUAUACAUGUUCUGCUUGGAACAAGCAUUUUAGAGCUUGAACUAGAUUGUAAAAAGCCAACAUAGCUUGUGGUGUAGAACAUGAUGCUGCAUGGAUUGGUGCAUUGCUAUGUACAUAGUACCUUGUCGUGUGGCUCACCUGAAUCAAAAGGUCGUUAGCAUCCUCUGUACAGAAGUUUUGAUUGGCUAAAAGUGACCUUUUGUUAUGCCUGCACCUUCAUAAGUCUGUCUGUUGAACACUAAUCUAUCGCAAAGUAGGAGCCCUUAUUAUGUUAAAACAGUACCGAUAGCUUGUUGCAUCAUUUCUGACUUGGUUUAAAAUGACUGAGUUUUCCGUUUAUUUGCAAGGAGCAUAGAAUAGGGGUAAGGCAUUUGUGAUGUCACAUUACCCAUAAAACAAUCGGAGAAGAGCUCUGUCUAUCACACAGUACGUUGCUAACAACCAUUUGAACAACGCCGAUGGUGAUUGGUGGAUGCUUUCUGUCAACUUCCUGGUAAUUACCACUGGAAUCCUUUAAUCAUAGCCAGAAAGCCUCCACCAAUCACUACUGGCAUUGCUCUGUUGGGUAUUACCAGUGUACUCCGUUAUUGGUGGUAGCAAAGCUAUUUUCUUCCUCUUUUGUUGGCCCUGUUUAACUCUUGUGUUCUCUGUACUGUAAGAAAAGACAUUCAGGCAUCUCCAAGGACAGCCGUGCAGCCUGAUUCAAUGCAAAUCAUGGGUCCUGCCAGCUCCACAGCCAGACGGGUGCCCUAACUGUCUCUUCCUCUUAACCAGAGCAGUAUUCUCUCCAUCUCGCCCAAAGGGAUGCUGGGAUAGGGGGUGGGGGGUGGAGCUUGACCACGCCCCCUCAAGAGCAGAGUCCGUUGUCCCACCCAGGAGAGCACGGGGGGGGCGUGGCUUGGCUUUUUGUGUCGGCAAAAAGACUUCAGUUCAGCACGGUUUUCUCGUUAGAUUUUUUGGUUUUUAUUUUUUUUUUUCAAUCGUGAGUAUUGCGUGUAUCUCUGGAGCUAUUUCCCCCAAGGAAAAUAUUGUUCGCGGGAGGCCGAGAAGCAUCGCGGGGACUCUCCGAGUCCUCGUUCGGAAUCUGGUCCCCCGGAAUGGACUCUGCAUUUGGGAGAAUGUUGGGAAAACUUUGAACAAAAAAAAAAGAAUUUUUUUUUUUUUUUGCACUUUGUGAUUCUGGAUGUUUGGGACUUCAUGUAUGAAAUAUGUGAAAAGACAGACCUCUGGACCCCUUGCCCCACACGCCCCCCCUUUAAAAAAAAAAAAAAAAGGAAAAAAGACUAUACAUUUAAAUCAGUCAUUCAUCCAUUUUGCCUUAAAGAAACUCCAGGAGUGUCAUGUUGUACAGGUAUUGUGAGUAAGAUGAGCUGUGCUUUUGUGUUCUUAAUCAGGACAACAACAACAAAAAAAAUACCCGGUCACUUGUUCUUUUUUUGUUUUCAUUUCUUCAUGUUGCAUUGUGACUGUACCUCCCAGCCUUCAUUGUUUCACUCCAAAUACAGCGAUCGUCUUUAAAAGUGUA